UCCCUCCGCCGGAGAGAGAGAGACGGGGCGGGGAAGAAGGCUCCGUGGGCGGCCCCUGCCUCUGCCUCCCGUUCCCCGACGGCGGCGGUUCCCGGUCGGCUCCGUCGGAGGGGGAAUUGGGCGCCUCUGGCUCGACGUCUCUCUCUCCGGCCAUGCAGCGUCCGGAGGAGCAGCAGCCCUGGGGCGCCUUGGAGCCGUCGGGGCGUCGGGGAGCAGCGGAGCUCGGCGGGCGGAGGCGCCCCUGUCUCUCCGCCGACGGGAGCGUCUCGGCCAGGCGGCCGCCGAGCCGGGCGGCGACGGAGGGCCCUCGCUGCUCUCUCGACGGGGCUCCCGGGGACCUGGCGGAGGAGCUGCGGGAGUUCGAAGCCGUGCUGGACGCCUUCUCUCCCGGCGCCCAGGAGCGCCGCUUCCCCGGCGAGGAGCCUCCGGAGUCCCUCUUCCGCCUCGACGCCCAGAGUGCAGAUUCACUCUGCAGAAAUAGUUUCGGUUUCAGUGACGGAAAGCUAAACUCCCCAGCGCUGUCUCCUCCAGCUGUGUCUACUCCAACAAUAGCUUCUCGCAAAGGAAAGCUUGGAGACACAAAAGAAUUAGAAGAUUUUAUCACUGAUCUUGAUAGGACCUUGGCAAGUAUGUGAAACAACUGUUUUUGCAUGAAACUGGCCUACAAAAGGUUGAGGCUGAGUCUGGGCGGAUCCUGUUCCGUACGACGAAGACACAGACGGAGACCCUCAUCUCCCAAGCGUGCAACCUGCCACCUGCUCUUCCACUUUUAACCGUGACGACUCUUGUAACUUUCUCUUCAAAUAACAAAUUUGCUGAUGCCGUACUUUUUCAUAAGAUAUAGCUUAACAUUAAUUUAAAAGUGCUGACGAAAAGGUUUGUAAUUUUAUAUAGCUAAUGUAAAUGCUUUUUUUUUUUUUGGUUAAAUAUAUUUUUGUAUGCAAAUAAAAUACGAACUGGA